AUGAAUUUUGUGGAGGUGGGUCAAUAUUUUAAGCACAGGUACUACGAUGAGAACUUAAUCAAGUUUCUCAGUUGCAAGUAUUGCAAUCUCGAAGAGACUAUUUUCACUUUAGACCAUGCCAGUGAAAAUGAAAAGUUAAAGGAGUUGUUCAAGGUCACUAUGGAGAUUAAGAAGGAUAUGAAUGCGUUCGAAUUAAAGAAAAAGAAGAAAUUGAACGCUAGAGUGGCACAUUACAAGAAAACUUACUCUUCUAUUGAACUUCAAUUGAAAUUAAUGAAUAGAAUCGCUGAAAGGGAAACAAAUUGGAUAGUAUAUCCCUUGCUUCAUGUGGCUUCAGGCCUGCUAAAAGUCACAUUGGAGUUGAGUAAACGGUUACGAACACCCGAAUUCAAUGAGUCCUGUGGGAGAUCCAUCCAUAGAUGUUUUACGAUCUGCUUAAAUGAUAGAAAUCCAAAAUUAAAUGAAAACAAAAAAAUUGGAAUCUAUGUUUUUGCUAAUUUAGAAUUCAAAAUAUAUCAUGAAUUGAAUAAUAUGGAUAUGGUGAGAAAUCUAAUCAAGGUGCUGAAAUCUAGAGAUAGUGGUAACGAAAUACCUUCAUUGCGUGAAUCGUUGGCCAUUAAAUAUAACUCGAAUAUCGUCACAUUCAACUAUUUCAUGGGCAAAUAUUACACCUGUGUGGAGAACGAUUUCACUCAAGGUUACAAAUAUCUAAUGGAUGCCCUACUGGAAUGUACGGUCAGGGACAAGAAACAAAUUAAUAAGAUUUUAGUACUUUUGAUACCAUGUGCAAUUAUCUCUAGAAAAGUAUAUCCUAACUUUGAGACCGUUGAAAGGUUUCAAAAAGACGAUGUGAUCCCAAAAUUGUAUAAACCAAUUGUGGAAUGUCUCUUGAAUGGGAAUCUUGACAAAUUUGAAAAAGUUAUAAACAAUGAAACGGUAGAGAUUUUCAUUCUAAAAAAUGGUCUUUAUGUGGCAAUAAAUCUGAUAAGAGAAUUGGUAUUCUUGAAACUCAUUAAAACAGCAGUUAUGCAAAUUGAAAAUAAAGCCGUGGUUUCUUUACGGUACAUUGCAACAGCAUAUAAGAAAAGUCUACAUUUGCAAAAUACAGAUGAAGAGUCGUUGCUUAAUGAAUUAGAAUGUCUCUUAGCAAAUCUAAUAAGUAAAAAGCUUGUCAAGGGUUAUCUCUCACACAGUAACAGAUGCAUAGUUCUAAGUAAAGCAGAACCUUUCCCAAAGCAGGUGCUAGCAUAG